CUUUCUUUUGCCUCUUUGCUUCGCACCUCCAAACGGCCAACUUCCCGCAAGCCAAGCCAUCCUCGCCGUCGCCACCACCGCCGCCGCCAUGUCGUCUUCAUCGACAUCGGCUGGCUCAUCCUCUUCACCACCGUCACAACAAUCAUGGCUCAACUACCUGACGCAGCUAGCAACGACGCAGUCUGGCCGGCUGAUCCUAACAGCCACAGCAUCGUGCGCUGCGACUGCCGCCUCCAUCUUCUCGUACCAGGCUGCCAUUCGAUUGGCAAAGAGGAAGGAUCUGGCCAGGAGAGUCGAUAAGGCUACACAUCGCGACUCGUUUGUCGAGAAGAGCAGGUCAUCCCACCAUGGAGGUGCAGGAGCGGCAGGAGCAGAGGACGAUGAGGAAUCCAUCGAUGGGGGAACGCCGCGUUACUUGGAUCAUUUGGCGCACUUGACCCCUUCGAGGAGCUACGGUGCUCACCACAACCACGGUCAUGGUGCCAGCUCACCAGCUGCACGAGCUGCAUCGCCCCUUCGAAGGCAGAACUCGCGUACCUCCCUCGUUCCGGCAACAAUGACAUCCUCCUCCCGCAGCAAUGCACCCUACGACGAGUCCCUCGUUCGGGAACAGCUCAGCCGCAACUUUUCCUUUGUAGGCGACGAAGCUAUGAAGCGGUUGCGCGAGGCAUUCAUCAUCGUCGUGGGGCUCGGCGGCGUUGGAUCGCACGUAGCGCUCAGUCUGAUCCGCUCGGGCGUGGGCCACGUACGCUUGAUCGACUUUGAUCAGGUGAGCCUCAGCUCCCUCAAUAGGCAUGCAGUCGCCAAUCUGGAUGAUGUAGGACGGCCCAAGGUCAUCGUAUGCCAGGAGCAUUUCAGGAGGAUCGCGCCUUGGGUCCAAAUUCAGGCAUGGGUCGACAUUUUCAACGAGAGCGACGCCGAUAGGCUCCUCUCUCCCUUUCCCGCCUCUGCAUCCAAAGAGAUUCCCCCCACCUACGUCAUCGACUGCAUCGACAACCUCAACACCAAAGUCGGCCUCCUCGCUUACUGUCACCAUCACAAUAUCAAAGUCUUCUCGUCCAUGGGCGCGGGAGCGAAAUGUGAUCCGACGAGGAUCUGCAUCGGGGAUCUGACUGAUACAGAGGAGGAUCCACUGGCAAAGAGUGUCAGGAGACGAUUGAGGGAGAGAGGCAUCCCGCGAUUGGAGGAGAAGGAGAAAGGAAAAAGUGCCGAGAAGGCGCCUUCAAAUAGCAAUUCAAAACGCGGGCCCGCCUCCUCGUCGUCCAGCGGCUGGACAUCCCACAAUCCGCAGUAUAUCAUCCCAUGCAUCUUCAGCACCGAGAAGCCUAGCGCCAAGCUCGUCCCCUUGAACGAGUCAGAUGUACAAGGCGACGGGGGCAUUGAGAUGCUGCGCGCCCUCGAAGAUGGGAACGAUUGGCGUGUGCGCACUCUUCCCGUACUCGGGCCCCUGCCGGCCAUAUUCGGAUUGAGCAUCGCUGCCUACGUGUUGUGCGACGUGGGCGGGAGGGAAGAAUUGAUGAUGGAGCCAUUAGCUGGAAAGGUGAAGCGCAAGAGUGCUGAGAGGGCUUUGAAGGAGUUGGAGGGGGUGGAGAGGAUGUGCCCGAGCCCUGCGUCUACCAGCUCGACGGGUACGAGCGAUAAGAAAGGGGCCGCAAAGGGAAGUACGCUCAAACGCGGCACCUCGUCCAACAGCAUCGCCUCAGCAGCUUCGGCAGGCACCUCGGUUACUCGCGCACCAGGUCGAUCUGUUCCUUUCCUCCUGGACGACGUCUUCUACCUGAUAGUCGAAGUCUUUCACUCUCGCAGCGUCGUGCCCCCCUUCCACUCCAUCUCAGCCGCGUCCGCCUGUCUGCUCCGGUGGGACUCGACACUCCCGCUCUCAUUCGGUAACGUGGCCCUAUUUACGAAGGAGCAGGCAAAGGUGCAUACAGAUGAGGUUCUCAAACGUGGACGAAGCCCGGUCGAGGUGUGGGGAGAGGAGGCGAGACGGAUGUGGGGGAAGAGAAUGGACGAGGAGAGGUGGUAUGCGCGCUUCAGGUAG